CUGUUACGCAUGACAAAAAAAGGAAAAGAAUAAGGUGGAGCGAACAGAUGCAGGAGUCAGAUAAAAAAAAGGUGUUUGGCGCGGGGAGGGGAGGGGGACUAUUUGAGACAAGAGUGAGAGAGAGGGGGGCCCCACAUGCUGCCGCGCAUCGGGACCAUGCAGACCACCUCCAGGAUGCUCAGCGGGGCGCUCCUCUGCGCGCUGCUGCUGCUGCUCUCCAGAGCCGCCAGAGCCCAAGUGUUGGACCCCGAGUCCGAAGAGAAGCUGAGCCCCAGAGCCCUGCGGGACUUCUAUCCGAAAGGUCCGAACCUGACGAGUGAGAAGCAGCUGCUCGGAGCUCUCCAAGAAGUUCUCGAAAAGCUGCAAGCUAAACGACUCCCUUCAUGGGAAAAGAAAUUUGGCCAAGUCCCAACGUGUGAUGUCGGGGAGCAGUGCGCCGUGAGGAAAGGCGCUCGGAUCGGCAAGAUGUGCGACUGUCCCCGGGGAGCUUUCUGCAACUUUUUCCUGCUGAAGUGCUUAUGAGCCUCACCGGCUCUGAAUGUAGCAUCGAGAAGGAGAGAAGAAGAAGAAGAAGAAGAAGAAGAAGAUUCUUUUGUAAUUACUCUCAUAUUUUUAUGAUACAGCUGAGGAGCAGGUUUGGUGACUGGCCGACACUUACGAAAAAGAACUGUAGUUCUAUGAUCAAAUAUAUAAAUACAUUAUAUCACAGAAGAAACUGUGAGGAUAUUUAUCGCGAUGGACAGGAGAUGAGAAUACUAUAAAGUCCCAUUAAGUUAAAUAUCCAGAACCACUUUAUGUCUGUGAAACCACAGGGUCGUUGUUGUGAUGUAGUAGCUUCUAAAUAACCCACAAUGCACAAUAAACUAUAAGAGGACCACGUGCACGCUGUUGAGUCUUAACAGCAGCAUCAUGAACAUUAUAGUGAUUCUUCGUCUGGGGAAAAAUCCAUAAAUAUGUCUUUUGAACUAUUUUGUUUCAGAUUGUUUGUGUAUGGAAUCAUAAUUAUAGUGAUAUAUGAUAAUAAUAAACAUUAUUGUUUUGUAAAGCA